UAAAGGAAACGCGAUAUACUGGUAUACACAUAGUACGUUGCACCGUAUUUUAAAACAUGAUAAAUCUCCUCUCCUUCUUAAAGCAUGAUAACGCUGUUUAUGUACACAUAAUAUGACAGAGAUCACUUUUACAGUUUCAUAAUGUAUGCUGGAUAAUAAUAUGUUCAUGUCAAAACAAUUCUGGCCGAAUAACACAGAACAUGUGUAAUACAUAUAAUAAACAAAGUAUGGUUCGAUUUAAAAACAGCUCUAUCUUAGAGUAUUUGGAGUGUGCUGCAAAAUUGUUUGAAACCCGUUUGGAAAACGAAAAAAUCGCUGAGUCUAAGGUGGACGAAUUUCAGUUAAUUAAAACUAUAGGUGUAGGCGCUUUUGGUCGUGUAAUACUAGUCACUCAUAAAUCUGAUCCAAACACGUUUUUGGCAAUGAAAGUAAUGAAAAAAGAUCAUGUCUUUCGCAAGAACAACAUACAGCAUGUUUUAAACGAAAAACGUUUUUUGUCUGCCAUACGCCAUCCGUUCAUUGUUCACAUGGUGUAUUUUGCCAAAGAUAUAUGCAACCUAUAUUUUGUUAUGCCGUUUGCUAUUGGCGGAGACAUGUUCUCCUUGUUAAAGCAGAAAGGAUCAUUGGGUGAAUACAACUCCAAGUUUUACGCGGGUCAGCUGGUCUUAGCGUUGGAGUACUUGCAUUUGUUAGAUAUACUAUACAGGGAUCUGAAACCUGAAAACGUGUUGAUCGAUGGCAACGGUUACAUAAAACUGACGGAUCUCGGAUUUUGUAAGAGAGUAGUCAAGCGAACUUACACCAUGUGCGGCACGCCACAAUAUUUAGCGCCAGAGAUAAUUUUGCUCAAGGGUUAUGGCAAAGCGGUGGAUUGGUGGGCACUGGGUGUCAUCACGUAUGAAAUGGUAAUUGGAAGUCUUCCGUUCGACUCAGACAGUGACCGCAGAAUGUACAAGAAAAUCACGUCCGGUCACUACAAGAUGCCGUCCAGCUUUUCGCCCGAUCUUGUGGACUUAAUAGAGAAUUUAUUACAAAUCGAUUUGACCAAAAGAUACGGAAACUUAAAAAAUGGUACCCAAGACAUAAAACAACACCGAUGGUUUAGAACAAUUGAUUGGUUAUCGUUAUUUAACCGGACCAUGGAAGUACCAUUUUCGCCUAGUUUCAGUAGUCCUUCAGAUACAAGAAAUUUUGAAGAAUUUUCCGAAGAUAUAAUUUCAAGCAUUGGGUGCAAUGAUACUGAUCAAAACGAUUUUUCCGACUUUUAA